CGUGCCAUGCGUCGCCUUGGAAACGGGAGCAUCCGCGGCUGGGAGACCCGCCCCUGCCGCUCCAGCCACACUCGCGGUUAAUAGCCGAGGGGAGUCCCGAACCCGACCCGCCGCGGGUCUCGGCCUCGCCCCGGCCCCUCCGCAAACGCUUCUGUGACCCCGGGACUCAGCGAGCACUUGCUGCUCGUGUCGCCCAGAGGGCGCGCGGACACGGGCGCAGCCGUAGAGGCGAGGCGGGGCAGGCGCUUUCGCCCCGGGGUGAGCGGGACGGACGCCGCCCGGUCCCGGUCCCCGUCCCGCGGGCUCUUCCGGGCCUCCCGGAUCCUGCCGCGCCCUCCGCCCGGAUUCACCUUCUCACGUCGGCUCCCCGCCCCUCUCGGGAGCCGCCUCUCACCUCGGCUCCUCCCCGUCCCUCCGGGGACCUCUCCCCUCCCUCCGCCCCGCUCGGGAGGCCGGGCUGGACCUGCCCCAGAGCGGCCACCACCGCUUCUGCCACCCCAUGGAGGACGGGCUGCUGGAGAUCAUGACCAAGGACGGCGGCGACCUGCCGGCGCCUCUGGAGGUGUCCGCCGUGCCGGCCGUGGGGGACGUGAUCUCCGGCGAGUACAACGGCGGCAUGAAGGAACUCAUGGAGCACCUGAAGGCCCAGCUGCAGGCCCUGUUUGAGGACGUGCGGGCCAUGCGGGGGGCCCUGGACGAGCAGGCCUCGCACAUCCAGGUGCUCUCGGACGACGUGUGCGCCAACCAGCGGGCCAUCGUCUCCAUGUGCCAGAUCAUGACCACUGCGCCCCGCCAGGGCGGCCUGGGCGUGGUCGGCGGCCACGGGAGCUUCCCGGGCGCCCCCCAAGAGCCCGAGACCCCUCCGCCUGGGAUGGAGGACAGCGGUUUGCUGGAUCGCGACCCCGAGGACGAGGAGGAGGACGACGAUGAAGAAAAGGAAAUGCCCCGCUCCUCCACACCCACGAGUCCCUUUGAGCGCGCCGAGAGCCCCUGCGCUGGUCUCCUUGGGGGGGACGGGCCACUUGUGGAGUCCCUGGAUCUCCCCGAUAUCACCCUGCUGCAGCUGGAGGGCGAGGCCUCCCUGUGAGGGGACUCCCAGGGGCACCGCUUUCCCGAGCUGGCGUUGGGUUUCCGAGUGCAUGACGCGAGUGGACUGAACAAGCGCGGUGCAGCACGCUUCACUCCGACCGCUGCUCUGUGGAUCAGGCAGAGAGAGAGAGAGAGACUCCUUGAGGAAGGAUUUAUAGGGUGAAGGACUUUGGGAGCAUCGAGAAUUCUUUCUGCCUAACCAAGCGAGAGACGUAGCAAACUGCAGAAAGGUGAGGUUCCGGGAGAGGAUGCGCUCAUCUCUGGACUCCCAUCCAUCCCCUCCCCUGUCCUUCCGCCCCCACCCCAGCCAACAGGAGAACCCCUGAAUUGUGUAAAUAAAACUCUGCUUUUUCUAUUCUGAAAAAGGACUUAUCCAGGACUAUGGCAAAUCGUCUCCAACGAUUUACCUAGAAAUUAAAGAAUUGGGGUAUUCUGUUCUGGCAACAGAAAAUUUCCCCUUCUGCUGAAAUCCAAGAUAUUCGGCGCUCUGCAGAAGCCUCUCCCCUCACAGAUCUUUGCGGCUGCUGAUUGGUAAAGGAAGCUUGAGGAGGGAACUGCAGCCCUAGAAAUCUAGGAGAAUGGGGUUCCCAGGGCCCCUGGGCUGGGAGGAGCUGGCUGUGAAUGUGCAUGAAGACAAAGUAGCUCAACCUCUCUAGGAUUUUGCAUGCAGAGCGGAUCCUGCUUUGUCGCUGACUACAUCUGGAAUUGCUUUUUCCACUCGCUGGGACUUAGAGAACAAAGAGCCGGUUCACAGGCAGAGACUUGGGGGUGCUCAGCAACAGCCCAGAUUUAGGGGACAUUUGAGGGACUUUUGGGGGCCACAGCCAAAAACUGUCUCUCUCCUGGCUACACCCGCUUAACUUCAGUUCCUUUUCCUGUCAAUAUGUCCCUGCCCUCUGCCUCUCGGUCUUGCCUCCAUUAUGUCUUGUGUGUGUUAUGUGUGUCCACUUGUGUAGUAGUAUGUGAGCCCUGAGGGGCAGGGCUUGUGGCUCUGGUGUUAGGUUCAGGGGGCUUCAGACCCUUCUAUGAGCCCCAGGCUGUCAUGGCGCUUUCCCCUCUCCUUCCCCCUUUCCCCCCAUAACCAGGGCAUGGAGCAUGUGGCUGUCCUGAGGUUCUUAACUGAUGUGCCUCCCUCCCAUCUCCUCCAGUGGUGACUUUGUGUGCCCUUCCUCCUCCUCUGUGUAUUCCUUCUCAAUGCUUUUCUUGGUGUUAAUCUUAAUAAAGAGGCGUCAUCCCCCUC